CUUUAGUCAAUAUUUAGCGGCUUCCCAGAGAGGUUCACAGAUCGCACACGCUCCAUAACUUCGAAAACAUGGUUAUCAAUUUCGCCGCCGGUCCAGCCAAAUUGCCCGAAGAGGUUCUCAAAGAGGUGCAGGAAAACCUCCUAAACUGCAAUGGCAGCGGCAUAUCGGUCAUGGAAAUGUCCCAUCGUUCCAGCAGCUAUGCCAAAAUCCAGGAGGCAGCCAUCAAUGAUCUUCGUGAGCUCCUCAGUGUGCCCAGCAACUACAAGAUCCUGUUGAUGCAGGGCGGUGGCACAGGACAGUUUGCAGCAGUGGCCAUGAAUUUGAUUGGAAAAACAGGAACUGCCGAUUACGUAAUCACUGGAUCCUGGUCAUCCAAGGCGGCCAAGGAAGCGGCUCAGUACGGCACUGUGAAUGCUGUGCUGCCAAAGCUGGCCAAAUAUACAUCAGUUCCACGUCAGGACACUUGGAAGUUGGAUCCCAAGGCCUCCUAUGUCUACUAUUGCGACAAUGAAACCGUAGAGGGCGUUGAGUUCGAUUUUGUGCCAGAGGUUCCAGCCGGUGUUCCACUGGUUGCUGAUAUGUCCUCCAACUUCCUGUCGCGGCCCUUUGAUGUCUCCAAGUUUGGCGUAAUCUAUGCAGGAGCCCAGAAGAAUAUCGGACCAGCGGGCACCACCGUAAUCAUUGUCAGGGAAGAUCUCAUAGGCAAGCAUUUGAAGAUCACGCCCUCUAUUCUAAACUUUGAGCUGAUGGACAAGAACAGCUCGCUGCUGAAUACUCCGCCAACUUUUGGCAUCUAUGUGAUGGGCCUGGUGUUCAAGUGGAUCAAGCGGAACGGAGGCGUGGCUGGCAUGGCCAAGCUUUCGGCGGCCAAGUCCAAGCUCAUUUACGACACCAUUGACCAGUCCAAUGGUUUCUUUUACUGCCCACUGGAAACCAAUGUGCGUUCGAGGAUGAAUGUGCCUUUCAGAAUUGGCAGUGCCGCGGGAGAUGAUGCGCUGGAAAAGGAGUUCCUGGCCAAAGCCGAGGCGGAGGGCAUGAUCCAGUUGAAGGGUCAUCGCUCGGUAGGCGGCAUUCGUGCCUCCCUCUACAACGCUGUAACGCUGGCAGAGACCCAACAGUUGGCCAAUCUCAUGCUGGCCUUUUACAAAAACAAUAAAAACUAGACAGUUUCGCUUGUAA